CCAAGUUCCGUGAUUGGCAUGACCUUCAGAAUGACAUUGACUGGUCUAUAACAGCGAUAAGACGGGAGAUAAGACGCACCGCUCUCCGAUCAGAAAAAAACCCCAUAAACCAAGAUGAGAGCUUUUGUCCUUCUGUUUUUGGUUGUUGUAGCUGUCCAGUGUGAGAAGCCUCCCCAGGGCUCCGAUCUCUGUAACCAUGUCCUUCAGCAGGACUGCUCCACGUUUGAGACGGAAGUAGUCUGUGGUUCCGACGGAGUCACCUAUCACAACAGUUGUGAGUUUGCCAAGGCCCAGUGUUCCGGACACGGACACGCCCUCCAUGCCGUACACGCCGGACCUUGUUAGAGUGAUCCUCUCACAUCUCUAUAUAAAGGAAUAAAAUAAA